AUGGUGGUGGCGGCUACUGAUCUAGUCAAGGAGGCUCAGAGGCGACACGGCAUGGCCCCCACUGCUGUAGCAGCACUGGGGCGGCUCCUCAUGGGGACGCUGCUGCUGGGAGCGAUGAAAGGGCCAGACGAAUCCGUGCAAGUCACAGUGAACGGCCGGGGGCCUAUUGGGCAGGUCACGGCUGUUUCAGCGCUGCAUGGGGAGGUGAAAGGGUUCGCCGUUAACCCUCUGGCCGACCCACCUCUUAACUCCAAGGGCAAGAUGGACGUGGGAGGUGCAGUGGGCAGGGGAGUGCUUAGCGUCAUUCGAACCCAUCCCUCCUGGCAGUCACCUUACACCGGCACUGUGCCUCUGGUGUCAGGGGAGAUCGCAGAGGACUUGGCAAACUACCUGGCAGAGAGUGAGCAGAUCAACUCGGCUAUGGGGCUGGGAGUGGCGGUGGGCAAGGAUGGCAUUGUCAGGGCGGCAGGCGGGUUCCUCGUUCAAGUCCUUCCCUUCUGCUCGGACGAGACACUGGACAAGCUAGAGGCCAACGUCCAAUCACUGGGCGCCAUGUCAGACGCAGUGCAGCGCAUGGAUGCAGGGGGCAUUGCCCACCAUCUCUUGCAGGGGUUGGAUCCCGAACCUGUCAUAGAUCCGAUUGUGCCUACGUUUGGCCCAUGUGGUGUGGAAGACCUGAAGCCGCGCAUGCUUAGAGCUGUGGAGUCACUAGGAGCCGAGGACGUGAAGAAACUUAUUGAGGAAAGAGGGUCGGUGGAGGUCCGGUGCGAGUUCUGUGCAGAGAAGGUGGAUUUUACGGAGGAAGAUUUGCACGAUCUUCUAGUGAAAGCAGGAAAGGAAUGA